UAACUUACUCUCUUGUCUCCAGAUUGGUGUCUUAUUUAGCUCAAUCCAAAUGGAUAUCGUAUCAAAGAUUAUGUUUUCCAAAUAUUCUCUGCUUAUUAUUAUUUCCUUAUUUAUUUUGGAGCCAUUAGAAGUUGUUGGACGUUCUUAUCAAUUGUUCAAUAACAAAAAGUCUGAUUCUUCAUUGGGCAGUCAGGAUCUUGUCACUGAUUUGCCAGGACAACCUAGUGUAAACUUCAGACAUUAUGCUGGACAUGUGACAGUAAAUGAGAACAAUGGAAGAGCACUCUUCUACUGGUUCUAUGAAUGCUCAAUUGCACCUGAGGACAAACCUUUAGUGCUUUGGCUUAAUGGAGGUCCAGGAUGCUCUUCAGUGGGAUAUGGAGCAACUCAAGAGAUAGGGCCUUUUCUUGUGGACUCUGAUGGUUUUGGCCUAACACUUAAUCCUUAUUCAUGGAACAAAGAAGCAAACUUGUUGUUCUUGGAAUCUCCAAUUGGUGUUGGCUUUUCUUACUCAAAUACAAGUGGUGAUUAUCAUAACAUUGGAGAUGAUUUCACAGCCAAUGACACGUACACUUUUCUGCACAACUGGUUUCUCAAGUUCCCAUCAUAUAGAAAACGGGCCUUUUAUAUUGCUGGAGAGAGUUAUGCAGGAAAAUAUGUACCUGAGUUGGCUGAAGUCAUUGUUGACAAGAACAAAGACUCUUCCCUUUUCAUUGAUCUAAAAGGAAUCCUGCUGGGUAACCCUGAAACUUGUGAUGCAGAGGACUGGAAGGGUCUAGUGGAUUAUGCUUGGAGUCAUGCUGUCAUAUCUGAUGAAACUCACAAAACUAUUUCAGAUUCCUGUGAUUUUAACAGUGAUGACACGUGGAGCAAUCAGACUUGUAGUCAGGCUGUAGAUGAAGUGCUUAAACAGUACAAGGAGAUUGAUAUCUACAGCCUCUACACUUCAGUCUGCAUAAGAGAUACUGCUAGUUCACAACAGCAAACUCAAGUCUUAUUUGAUAGCAAGUCCAAGAUGAUGCCGAGGAUAAUGGGAGGAUAUGACCCCUGUCUUGAUGAUUAUACUGCCUCUUAUUACAACAGACCUGAUGUUCAAAAGGCUCUCCACGUUCACCAUCUCAAGAACUGGAGCAUCUGCAAUAUGUCGAUCUUCGGUAAUUGGUCAGACUCAAUGGAAUCAGUUCUUCCUAUAUAUCACAAACUCAUCGAUGCUGGCCUUAAAAUUUGGGUCUACAGCGGAGACACUGAUGGAAGAGUUCCUGUAUUAUCCACAAGAUAUAGCUUAAGCGCUCUAGGUUUGCCCAUUACAAGAAAAUGGAGACCUUGGUACCAUCAGAAACAGGUUGGUGGAUGGGUUCAAGAGUACAAGGGGUUGACAUUUGCUACAUUUAGAGGAGCAGGGCAUGCCGUUCCAACUUUCAAACCUAGUGAAUCACUUGCAUUCUUCACUUCAUUCCUUAAUGGACAAUCUCUUCCUUUCCAGAGAAUCUAAAGGGCCUUCUUCUGACUUUAUUGAUGAGACUUUUGCUCUAAGGCACUAUAUACAUCUUUUUUGUCUUUAUGUUUUACCCCUUCAAAUGGGAGGGGAUAUUUAAAGCUAGAGGGAUUAGCAUAUAAGCAGUAUACCUACGGAGAUUUGGUUUUUGAAUAAUGUAAUGGUUUUCACAUAACUAUAUACUAUGAUAUAUAAGAGGAUAUAUUUUAUGGCUUAAA